AUGUCCCUUAUUGGAAUACUUAUAGCCUUUUGCAUUAUUCCUACAGCGGUUAACGCGGAUUGUCUUUCAGGGAACUGGACAACUCGUGUUGCUACAGAUGGUAAUACGUAUGGGUAUCAAGUACUGAUGAGAGAUUGGCUUAAUUUUUAUGAGGCCCGUGCUCUAUGUCUCGGUGUUGGAGGAGAUGUGGCUUCUAUCCACAGUGAUGCUGAGAACGAGUUUGUUCGAAAAUUGGCCGCCCCAUAUAUUAUCGCUUGCCAAACAAAUAAAACAACUUGUGGCUCUAGAGCUUCUACAAGCCUUGACUUGAUUUUGAGUACAGUUUGGCUGGGAAUGAAUCGUUGCCAAUACUUUCCUAAUUAUAAUGCUACUGUUGAUUGUGUGAAUUCGGAUGGAACGCCUUGUGAUUACGCUACUACUUCUUCGAUUUCUCCAUGGGCUGUGGGAAGCCCUUCAGGAUCUGACAGCGGAGGGGGAGGUAAUUUUUAUUUUUAA